ACACAGUAGCCGGCGGGUCCGUGAGCGUUGGGUCGGCUGCCUCGUGCCGGAGCCGGGCUCUGCGAGGCGCUGUCCGGGGCCCGUCCGCCAUGUGCUCGGUAGCGAUGCUGAGCGUCCUGCGCAGCGACUCCUACGUGGAGCUGAGUCAGUACCGGGACCAGCACUUUCGGGGUAACAGAUAUGACCAGGAGCGACUGCUGAAAAAGAGCUGCACCCUGUAUGUGGGGAAUCUCUCCUUCUAUACAACAGAAGAGCAGAUCUAUGAACUGUUUGGUAAAAGUGGGGAUAUAAAGAAAAUCAUUAUGGGCCUGGACAAAGUGAAGAAAACUGCUUGUGGCUUCUGUUUUGUUGAAUACUACUCAAGAGGAGAUGCUGAAAAUGCAAUGAGAUACAUCAAUGGGACACGGCUUGAUGAUAGGAUCAUCAGGACAGAUUGGGAUGCAGGUUUUAAAGAGGGCAGACAGUAUGGUCGUGGAAGGUCAGGGGGUCAGGUCCGAGAUGAAUAUCGGCAGGACUAUGAUGCUGGGAGAGGAGGUUAUGGCAAAGUUGUUCAACCCCAGUGAAUAUUGAAUGACCCAUCAGCAUCACAGGAGAACUGUAGCUGCAUCGUGGUAAAUCUUAUGAUGAGCAGCGAAGGACGUCUGUUGCACAUGAAUGUUGUUUAGGUAACUGAGACUUAGAAGAUUUUUUUUCAGUGUUGCUGAGAUCGUUAAAUAUAUUCAGUGUCUCUUCCAUUUUUCAAGACCAGUUACAAAAUCAGGAUCAAAGCUAUACUUUAUGUUGUAGGGUAGAUUGAUAGAAUAUAAUGAAGAUCUGGGAGUAAAACUUAUAGCACUGAUUCACAUGAGACAUAUGUGAUUGCUAACUGCUGCUUUUUUUAAUGUUUGAAGUGUUAUACUAGACUGAGCCAGAAUUCUUUAACAGUA